AUGGGACCUUCCUGGACCCAGAAUUCCCUCACAGGUGCUCUCUGCCUGCCUGUGUUCUGGGCAGUCCUGUCACCUGCCUGUUGCUCCCAUGACCCACCGGUAUGGCGCUUCGCUUCCUCAGAAGUUGUGAUCCCCAGGAAGGUGCCCCACAGAAUGGACGGAAGCCAGACGCCAGACCAGCUCUCCUACAGCAUGCGCUUCCGCGGCCAAAGACACGUGAUCCACAUGAAGCUCAAGAGGAACUUUCUGCCCAGACACUUUCCUGUGAUUACCAACAAUGACCAGGGUGCCAUGCAGGACGACUACCCGUUUGUCCCUCGAGACUGUUACUAUUACAGUUACCUGGAGGGGGUUCCUGGUUCCACAGCCACGCUGGACACCUGCUCUGGAGGUCUGAGGGGCAUGCUGAAGGUGGAUGACUUUACUUAUGAAAUCAAACCACUGGAGGCUUCUUCCAAAUUUGAGCAUGUGGUUUCGCAGCUUGUGUCGCAAUACGUAUCAGAGGAAAAAGAAAAGUGUAACAUUGCAGAGGAAGAUGCAGAUCAAGUGCGCGAAGAGGUACAACUUGAUGAAAGUCCCAGAGCAAUCGCUGCCUAUCUGUGGCGGGUACAUAUGAAACAGGCAAAUAUUCACUACACAGUAAGUAACUCACUCUGGAUGCAGGAGAGAAAUCACAGUCGUAUUGUAGAGAAUAUAGUGAUUAUAAACAGCAUAAUACAUAGCAUUUACAGGCCAAUGGGAUUAAAUAUCUAUAUACGAGUUUUGUGCAUAUGGCAAGGGAUGGAUCAUGUGAACCUAGACAGCGAGGGAGCUUCCCACGUGAUAUCAUACUUUGGUUUAUGGAAACUAUAUGGAUGGUAUGAGCAUAUUCCUCAUUCGACUUCUAUGCUUCUUACCGGACAUCGAUUACAAAAUUCAAAUUAUUAUUCUAAUCAUAAUGGCAUAUGCAACCCCAAUUGGGGAGCAAUGUAUGCAUAUAUAGCGAGGUAUCACCGAUUUCUAGGUGCCGUACUUUUGGCACAUGCACUAGGUCAUAACAUUGGAAUGCCACAUGACUAUGAAGGUUGUGUCUGUUUUCGAAGAACCAGUUGUCUUAUGGCUCCUGUGCCUGCUCUUUUCGAUACAGCAAGUAAUUGUUCUUUUGAAGCGGUACACAAAAGGAUUCAUGGCUGGGAUGCUUGCUUGAGUUUGAGACUAAAGCCAUACCAUAAUUUUCCUUAUGUAGCUCCUCGUUGUGGAGACAAGAUAGUAAAUAACAAAGAGGAAUGUGACUGUGGCUCCCUUAAAGAAUGCACCACAACUAGGUGUUGUGCAACCAACUGUGUCUUGACUGUGGGCAGUGUGUGUGACGUGGGGGGAUGCUGUGCUCACUGUAAAUAUGCUCCUCCUGGAACUAUCUGCAGAGACAUGCUUGGUAUUUGUGAUCUGCCAGAAUACUGUAGUGGGACAGGGGAGAAAUGUCCCGACAACUUUUACAUCCAAGAUGGAACCCCAUGUUCACCAGUAGCUGUUUGUGUGAGAGGAAACUGCAGUGACCGAGAUUUGCAAUGUCAAGCUCUGUUUGGAUACAAAGUAAAAGAUGCUUCAUCACUAUGCUAUGAGAAAUUGAACGUCAAAGGUGACCGAUUUGGAAACUGUGGACUUAAGUUACAGAGACAGGGAAGUAUACCUGUACAAUGUGAAGCUGAUGAUGUUCUCUGUGGAAUACUGCACUGUAGUAGCCCUGAAAAAGUUCCAGGGGGAGGUGAGCACACAUCAUUUCAUGACAUAAUAGUAAAAGAAGCUAAAGAGGAGCAUUGCUUUGGUUAUGAUGUACACCACGGGACAGAGGUACCACAAAUGGCGCUUGUAGUAGAUGGUGCAACCUGCGGCCCAGGAAGAUACUGUCUUCGUCAGAAUUGUACUUUUCAUCAAGACAUGCAUUUUGACUGUGAUGUGAAGACAUGCAACUACAGAGGGGUGUGUAAUAAUGCAAAGCAUUGCCACUGUCUGCGUGGCUUUAAACCACCAACCUGUACAGAUAGAGGAAUAGGGGGCAGCGAGGAUAGUGGGCCUCCACCUGACAGAGAAGAAGGUAUUCGAGCCCAUAUACUUCUCAAUAUGAACAUGCAAUUACUUCUAAUUCUAAUUCGACUUGGUCUGCUGCUGGCUGCAAUUCUUGCUGGAGGGUUUACAAAAGCCAAAAGAGCUAUAGAAAAGAAAGUGUAUCAAGAUGAAUUUGAAAGUAACACUGAGUAA